AUGGAACUUGAAGAUAAUCGAACAAUCCUUGGUGAUUUUGUGAUGGUUGGGUUUACAACAGACCCAUUUCUACGCACAAUUCUCUUUCUAAUAUUCUUGACUUCCUACAUCCUAACAUUGACUGGUAAUCUGGGCCUCAUGGCCCUGAUCUACCUGGACUCUCACUUGCACACACCCAUGUACUUCUUUGUGGGUAGCCUUUCCUUCCUGGAUGUCUGGUACUCAUCAGUCUAUACUCCUCAGAUCUUAUAUGAUUGUUUGUCCAAGAACAACCACAUUUCCUUAGCAGGUUGUGCAGCUCAGUUCUUCUUCUCUGCUGUAGUUGGUGGGAGUGAAUGCUUCUUACUGGCCUUCAUGGCCUAUGAUUGCUUUGUGGCCAUCUGCAACCCAUUGCUUUAUACCAUUGCCAUGCCCAAGAAGCUCUGUGUCCAGCUGGUGGUGGGAGCCUAUACAGUGGGGUUUGCCAAUGCUAUUGUAUACACUGGUAAUACCUUCCGUCUACACUUCUGUGGUAGUAAUAUCAUCAACCACUUCUUUUGUGAUGUGCCACCACUUAUGAAGAUGGCCUGUGAUGACAAAAGAGCAUAUGAACUCAUCCUGACUGCUGUCAUUGUCUUAACUUUGCUUUCAGCCACUGCUGUCAUUGUGAAGUCCUACAUUAGUAUUGUGGCAACCAUUAUUCGCAUCCGUGCGGCUGCAGGGAGGCACAAAGCUUUCUCCACUUGUUUGGCUCACCUGGCCUCUGUCUCCCUCUACUAUGGCACCAUGCUCAUUACAUACUCUGCACCCAAUUCUCAUCACACCGCAGAUUGGGACAAGGUAAAUGCACUGUUCUAUACUGUAAUCAACCCUCUGGUCAACCCUUUGAUUUACAGUUUACGCAACAAAGAUGUGAAGGCAGCCUGCAAGAAAGUCUGGGGGAGAUUCACAGCACACAAUUGA